AGCAAUCAGAGCGCAGAUGAUGUUGGCUUUGUGCUCUGUUGCCGACCCGCUGGCCUGGACAAACAGGUGAAGUCACCGGUCCUAGCUCUUUUCCCCCCUCUUGGCGGGCUUUCGCCUCUGUCGAAGAGGAAAAGCAAUGUUUGUGGAUGGGAGGUGAGGCUGUCGUCGUUUUCGCUCCGUCGAGAACUUUGGAACUCCUUUCUCCGUAAGCCCACAAAACCCGACCACAAGAUUGCUCGAUCGGCCUCGAGACGUGCAACGUCCCAGGCAACUGCGGUCAUCCGGUUGAUUUGAUCGAUAAUACUGUAUUUCUUUUCCGGAACUGCUCGUUUGCACAGUUACAACGCCGUUACCCGUGGAUAAUCCCUCCGAUCACUUCCCAGAAGAUGCUGCUGUGGUCAUGAUUGCAACUUGCAGACGGGCAACAGCGACAACAACGGGUUACGGCAUUAGAGACACGGAAUUCCUAUAGCGUCAAGCUUGCGUCUGCUGCGGUCACAUCCAUUAUUGAUAAAUAGCCUGUUUGGAAGGGAGAAAAGACGCUCGCAGAAGUUCAUCCGCCUUUGGUCUAUCCGCAUUACAUCGAGGACCCGGACCCGACCUUCAUCAUGAAUUCCCUCCCUCCCGACGAUAUGGAGCGGUUCCAGAAACUCUCCAACGAGUAUGAACCGGAUAUACAAGGUCCUCUCGUCGGCCCAAAACAAUCGACGGAUGCAAUUGUUAGCGAGUACGCGCAGGGACAUCCGAUCUAUGUCGCGAAGACCUCUGCCCUUGCCGCGACGCAUUCAUUCUAUCGAAUUAUGAAAGGGGAUGGCAAUUGCGGCUGGAGAGCUAUCGCCUUUGGCUAUUUCGAAAAUCUCUUCCAUUUGCGUGACUUGAACAAAGUCGCUCAAGAAACCGCCAGAAUCAAAAGUUUCAACAACUUAUUGAACUCCGUCGGCCAUCAGGAGGACCUCUAUGAGAUGUUCGUUGACGCAACUAUGGACCUCCUCGCAAAGGUCUCGAAGGCCAUUGAGACCGGUAAUUAUGACGACACGUUUCUUCUGGACGAGUUUAAUUUGGAAUAUAAUUCAACCUCUAUAAUCCAGCAUUUCAGGUUGAUGACAAGCGCUUGGAUGCGACUGAAUCACGAAAGGUAUCAGUCGUUUCUUUCUGAGCCCCUGGACAAUUACUGUGCAAAGGCAAUCGAGACUGUGAGAACGGAAAUCGACGAGAUUGGCCUCCAAGGCUUAGUGGAUGGCGUCAUCGCCGAUUCAGGCUUUGCCGUCCAGAUUGCCUACCUAGAUCGGAGCAGCGGCAAUGAGGUCAAUUUCCAUCUACUCACUCCUAAUCAGCCUAGCCUUGCUACUAUCAGAUUACUUUAUCGACCGGGCCACUACGAUCUUCUAUACCAGGGGCUUUUGGGUUCGCACUCCGACAUCCCAGUCAACUACCAGGUCGGAUUGGCAUACACAUGCGCUCCUUGGUGUGGGAACGGGUUGCAAUUCGACUUCAAUCCGUACCUAAUGGCAAUUCCUUCUCUCACUCUUGAUACACACACUUGCACACAUCCACCACCACCUCACAUAUCGCAUUAUCUACCCCUACGUUCGGGCCCUGCAUUCCAUCCACCCAUGGCUUUCAGCCCUCCACCGCCAUUUGAGCAGCAACUUUUGCCUGGCGUGCCGGCCAGUCCCUUGCCACCUCCCCCUGAUAGAUCCAACGAGCUGCCAAUCCGGAUGAAUCCCUUGGUCCGUGAACCAAUGAAUACUAUUCCCUUGAGCUCCGUCCCUUUCCGAAACUCUCAGCAUAACCAGGCCCAUUUUCAGAACCCGGAUUUCCAGCCAUCGCAGUGGGACUAUACCAAAGAAUACAAAUAGCCACACCAGUGACAUGGCGGUGCCGCACAACUCUCGACAAGCGGCGUAACCCAUAAUGUGACACGACAUUUGCUUUCAUUCCUCCAUGCCAGCGACCGUUUUCCAUGUUUAACUCCUUUUUAAAGUUUGGCGACUAGGCGUUCUACAGGACCCCGUUGUCAAAUCGUCGCUGCAGCACGUUCGCCUAGCUGUGACUCCGGUCCUUCCCCCCCCCUUUUUUUUUUUUUACACUUCUUCAUAUGCCAACUCGUACUUCCACUACAUUUGACUACAUUUUAUGGUUUUCUACAUGCAUCGCUAAACAGUGAUUACGCUGCGCUCUUACUUUCGGUUUGACACCUCCUCUCGGGCUAUUUCUCCUAUUUCACACCACAAUGACUCGUAUGAUAAGUUCUUUUCUUGAGACCUCGCGUAACUUUUUGCACUUCAUCCAUUCCUUCCUUGCUAUUUUUAAUCAGAUUCUUCGGUAUUCUCAAUGUGUUCGUUAAGUGAUGUCUGUU